CAAAGCGCAAGCCAACAAAACAAGGGUGGAGGUGGGACGCCCCACGCCUUUCUCUCUCCUCAUUCCUCCCACGCUUCGCUUCUCCCCCCUCACGCCAAAUUUCCUCUUCUGCCUGCGCCUCCCCCCGCCCCGCGCCCAUAUAAUCCGGGCUGGCCGGCUGGGUUCGCGGAUGGACCCAGGCUCGGCGAGCUAGGGUUUGUUUCGGUCGGCUGGCUGGCUGGCGUUGGGGCGCCGGCGCUGCUCGCUCUCUCGCUAGGGUUCGCCAUGGUGCUGCAGCGGUUCUCGUGGCCGUACGGCGGCCGGCGCGCCUCCUUCUGCGGCAGCUUCACCGGGUGGACGGAGUGCCCCAUGGGGCUGGUCGGGGCCGAGUUCCAGGUCGUCUUCGAUCUGCCCCCCGGGGUCUACCAGUACCGAUUUUUGGUUGAUGGUAUCUGGAGGUGUGAUGAGACGAAACCCUGUGUACGUGAUGAAUAUGGAGUGAUCAGCAAUGAAGUGCUUGUGGAAAACAAUGCACACCCUGUUGUGCAGCCAGAGCCUUCUUCUGUCAGAGGAAUUAACAUGGAUGAGGGUACCAUUUUGACAACAAUGCCCCCAGAACCAUCUUCUCAAAACUCAGGCGUGCAAAUAGCAGUUUUCCGCCAUGGGAUCUCUGGAAUAUUAUUACAUAAUACCAUAUAUGAUGUUGUUCCUGUUUCUAGCAAGUUAGCAGUUUUGGAUACUCAGCUUCCAGUUAAACAAGCAUUUAAAAUAAUGCAUGACGAGGGCCUUUCUAUGGUUCCUCUUUGGGAUGACCAUCAGGGAACCAUAACAGGCAUGCUCACUGCAUUGGAUUUUGUAUUAAUCUUGAGAAAGUUGCAGAGAAACAUUCGAGCUCUUGGCCAUAAAGAGCUAGAGAUGCAUCCCAUUUCUGCUUGGAAAGAAGCAAAACUGCAGUUUUAUGGGGGCCCUGAUGGUGCUGCCAUGCAGAAAAGACCAUUAAUUCAUGUUAAGGAUUCAGAUAAUUUAGUGGAUGUGGCACUGACUAUAAUCAGAAAUGAAAUAUCUUCAGUUCCUAUCUUUAAGUCCUUGCCAGAUUCAUCAGGGAUGCCUUUACUUAAUCUUGCAACCCUUUCCGGGAUUUUGAAAUUUCUUUGCUCGAAGCUACAAGAACAGCCUGAAGGUUAUUCAUUACUGCAAAAUCAGCUUGUCAGUAUCCCUAUUGGUACAUGGUCUCUACAUACAGGCAGGGAAAGUAUCAGACAGCUCAGAACUUUGCGACUGAGCACCCCACUAAAUUCCUGCCUGGAUUUUCUGCUUCAAGAUAGAAUAAGCUCAAUUCCUAUAGUUGAUGACAAUGGAUCCCUCCACGAUGUCUACUCACUCAGUGAUAUCAUGGCUCUGGCAAAGAAUGACGUUUAUGCUCGCAUCGAACUUGAACAAGUGACCGUGCAAAAUGUAACUCAUUGCCUCUUGCUUCUCAGUUGUACCAGCUUUGGAUGUGCAAUACCAGGUGAAUGGCCGAAGACAGUGCCAUACUUGUUCGCAGACGAGUACCUUGCUUGAAAUCUUGGAGGAAUUGUCUAUUCCAGAUUGAUUUAAAAUCUUGACGCACAGUAUGUCUUGUCAUCAGGGGUGCGGCGGCUUGUUGUUAUUGAACCAAGUACCAGAUUUGUCGAAGGAAUAGUCUCAUUGAGAGACAUAUUUACAUAUCUCCUAGGAUAGCAUCUGUGUAGCCAUUCCAUAUAUGAAAGCUUGUUUUACUUGAUUCGGACAAAAUAAAAAGGUUGUUGCAAAUGCGAUA